AUGACUUCCUGGUCUAAUAUUCCGGAAGAUGUCAAGCGAAUCAUAGUUGGACCAUUGAAUCGAAUUGAUAGACAAAGUCUCCGACAAUGUUCUCACGGCGACAAAUUAUUUGUGGAGCUCGUAACGAAACCGAUUCGAGAGAUCAACUUUAUGGCGAGAAGAAGUUCUAUAACGAUCCAAUUUGAUGAAGAAUACGAGGACACUUUUGAGCACAAAAGCGAGGAGGGGAGUACGGUAGUUAGAAGAUCCAAAAACCUACUGCCAUACACCAGUUUCACUGUCAAUGAAGACUUCCAAUUGGUUGCAUGGAGAAGUUUACAGAAAAUGUUGAAAUGUCAGAACAAUCGAAUCGAAUCUCUCAACUUUUCAUUUCUUUUGAGUUUUAAUCAAGAUGUCGACGAACCAGAGAGAAUCGUUCCGAAUCUACCAAGUGAAACAGCUGACGUCAAAUCUCUGACAGUUAUGAUGGAUUGCUCGGAAGACCUCACUUAUCAGAUUGUUCAAUUCGUGAAGCCAAACCUUCACUAUUUGAAUUUGUCAAUGACAGUGAAAGACGUGACGUUACCGUCUAGAGUUGGCGAUUUGGAGCAAGUGAAAACAGCACAGAAAGUAUACAGUUUGUUGAAAUUGUCUCGUGAACAAUCAAUGGAAUUACAAGGAUAUGAGAUUGUCAAUAAGUCCACUCAUUUAGUGGAUUCCGAUAUUGCUGACUUGUUGAAGAAAUCCCUCUCAACCGGCAAACCAUCAAAAUUCGAAUACUACCGUAUGUGGCCUGAACCUUCUGAAGUCACCUCCGGUUUCGAGUCGAUUCCAUGGAGUGUUUCAACAGCUGAGGAGUUCAAGAACAUUCGAGAAAAUUUUCAACUUGAUCUAGCGAAUAAGAACUUCAUUUUAUCAAUACCAGAGAUUUCGAAAUCAAGACUAUUUGUAGAAAUAACACGAUUCGCUGUCAAGGGUUUUAUCAUUUGA